ACAGUGCGUGUGAGGUGAUUUGUAAUUGGGCCGCUGAGUGACGAUGGUGCCGCCUCGGGAUGGCUGCUGCUGUCGGUGUAAAUAAGCAAACAAACGCAGCAUCGAUGGAGCUGUGUGUCCGCCAUGGCAGAGGAACCACAGGCAACACGGUGAAGGUGUUGGAGUGUGGAGUGUGUGAGGACGUGUUCUCUCUGCAGGGUGAUAAAGUUCCUCGGCUCCUGCUGUGCGGUCACACAGUGUGUCACGACUGUUUAACACGUCUCCCUCUUCAUGGCCGGGCCGUACGCUGUCCUUUCGACCGGCAGGCCACUGAGCUCGGAGACUCGGGUGUGUGGGGUUUGAAGAAGAACUUUGCUCUGCUGGAGCUGCUGGAACGGCUGCAGAACGGUGCGUCCAAUCAGUCCGGCAUGUCAGAAGAAGCCCUGAGAGAGAUGGGAGAGUGCAUCAUACGGUGUGACGAGGACGAGAGCCACACCGCGUCGGUGUACUGCACCGUGUGCGCCACACACUUGUGUGCCGAGUGCUCUCAGCUCACACACUCGACCCGCACGCUGGCCAAACACCGCCGCGUCCCGCUGGCUGACAAACCGCACGAGAAGACGCUGUGCCCUCAGCACCAGGUCCACGCUAUCGAGUUCGUGUGUCUGGAGGAGGGCUGCCAGCCCGGGCUGCUCAUGUGCUGCGUCUGCAAAGAGUACGGCAAGCACCAAGGACAUAAGCAUGCAGUUCUGGAAGCUGAAGCCAACCAGAUCCGGGCGUCCAUCUUGGACAUGGCGCACUGCAUCCGCACCUUCACUGAGGAAGUGUCCGAGUAUUCCAGGAAGCUGGUGGGCAUCGUGCAGCAGAUUGAGGGAGGGGAACAGAUCGUAGAGGACGGAGUGGGCAUGGCUCAUACGGAACAUGUUCCUGGCACUGCGGAGAACGCUCGGUCCUGUGUGCGGGCGUACUUCGCCGACCUCCACGAGACGCUGUGCCGUCAGGAGGAGAUGGCGCUCAGCGUGGUGGACGCUCACGUCAGGGAGAGGCUCAUCUGGCUCCGACAGCAGCAGGAGGACAUGACCAUCCUCCUGUCUCAGGUGUCCACAGCCUGCCUCCACUGUGAGAAGACCCUGCAGCAGGAUGACUGCAGGGUGGUUCUGGCCAAGCAGGAGAUUAACAGGUUGCUGGAGACUCUGCAGAAGCAGCAGCAGCAGUUUACAGAAAUGGCCGAUCACGUUCAGCUGGAUGCAGGCAUCCCUGUAACAUUCACCAAGGAUAACCGCGUACACAUCGGCCCCAAGAUGGAGAUCCGGGUGGUGACGCUGGGGCUGGACAGUGCAGGAAAAACCACCAUCCUGUUCAAACUGAAGCAGGACGAGUUCAUGCAGCCCAUCCCCACUAUAGGCUUUAACGUGGAAACUGUGGAGUAUAAAAAUCUGAAGUUCACCAUCUGGGACGUUGGAGGGAAACACAAACUGAGACCGCUGUGGAAGCACUACUACCUGAACACACAAGCGGUGGUGUUUGUGAUUGACAGCUGUCACAGAGACAGACUGAUGGAGGCUCACAGUGAACUGGCCAAGCUGCUGACGGAGAAGGAGCUGAGAGACGCUCUGCUGCUCAUCUUCGGCAACAAACAGGACGUCCCCGGUGCCGUGUCAGUAGAGGAGAUGACGGAGCUUCUGAGCCUCCAUAAGCUGUGCUGUGGGCGGAGCUGGCACAUUCAGGGCUGCGAUGCCCGCAGCGGUACGGGUCUGCACGAGGGUCUGGACUGGCUCUCACGCCAGCUGGUGGCUGCAGGGGUUCUGGACGUGGCCUAAUGGACCCGAGUACAGUACCACAACCAGCAGGGAGCGCUAAUGAGGAGCAGUUAGCAUGCAGGGUGUCACGCUAACUCACGUUUAACCAUCAGUCAGUCAUCAACUAGUCUCACGGCAACUAACCUAACCGAACAGCGACGCAACGUUACACUGAUUUUUAGCUUUUUAUGUUGAACGUGAUCGUCCUGUGUAUUUACUACCAACCGACUUUAAAAUUAAUUUAAUAAAUGAAUAAAGGUAAAGUCACUUCAGAGCA